UGUGCUUAACGUGGAAAAUGAUUUUGAUAUUUUAUUUAGUUCUAUUUAUCGUUAUUAUAUUUUUUUAUAGACUUUAUAUAUCAUUAACAAAAAAUAAUGAUUAUUGGAAAAAGAAAAAUGUUCCAUAUCUAAAACCGAGACUGCUGUUCGGUAACUUUAGUGAUUAUAUUUUAUUUAAAAAAAGUGCUCCGACAGUAACGAGUGAAAUUUGUGAACAGUUCCCUGACGAACCGUACGUCGGCGUAUUUUAUGGGACAGCACCAGCGCUCGUCAUCAAAGAUCCUAAACUAUUAAAACUGGUGUUGACACAGGACUUCAGUUACUUCAAUGGCAGAGAAAAUACAGACUACUCUGACAGAGAAGCCGUAACGACAAGUAUCUUUUUUGCCGGAGGUGAUCAAUGGAAAGUACUACGACAGAAUUUAACUCCACUUUUCACAUCUGCAAAGUUAAAGAAUAUGUUUCCAACUAUCGCUGAAUGUGCUGAGGAAAUGACAACGUUUCUUGAAGAAGAAAAAAAAAUAUCAGAAAAUAUUAACUUAAAGUCUUUGUUGGCGAGAUAUUCGAUGGAUUGCAUCAUUAAUUGUGUCUUCGGUCUAAAAGCGAACACUUUGAAAAGAGAUAACGGGGUCAAUCCAUUUGUAAUCGUUGGUGAAAAAAUAUUUGAUACAUCAACCAUGAGAGGCUUGAAAAUAAUUACUCGUGCUAUGUGGCCUUCUUUAUUUUACACAUUAGGUUUUCAGUUGUUCGAUGAGAAAAUUGAAGUGUUUUUCAAAAGCUUAUUUACUGGAGCUCGCCAAAAUCGUCUUAAAGAGAAAAGUUCGAUGAAAAACUUUGUUGAUCUUAUUUUAAGCUGGGAAGAAGAAUCAUACAUAACUGGUGAUAGUUUCAACAAUAGCGACAGUAGUGAAAAGAAUAUAGAAAGACUAGAAGUAAAUGAAGAUCUACUGGUAGCACAAUGCACGAGUUUCUUUGGAGCCGGUUUUGAAACAACAUCAUCUACAAUUAAUUUUCUUCUUUAUGAACUGUCAAAAAGUAAACGAGCUCAAGACAUAGUUAUAGAAGAAGUAGAUGCGUACUUCAAAAAACAUGGACAUAUUAAAUAUGAAUGUUUAAUCGAAAUGCCUUACCUUGAAGCGUGUAUUGAUGAAACACUUCGCCUCUAUCCCACGUUAGGGAGCGUAACCAGGGAAGUCAUGAAGUGCUACACAUUGCCAACAGGUCUUCGACUACAGAAAGGAGAUCGCGUUCACAUACCUGUACAUUAUAUCCACCGACACCCGGAUUACUUCCCGGAUCCGAUAUCGUAUCGUCCCGAACGAUUCUUUGGUGACGAGAAGAAGAAAAUUAAGCAAUUCACGUUUAUGCCAUUCGGUGAUGGCCCAAGAGUUUGUAUUGGUGCUCGCUUUUCAAAAAUGGUGAUGUAUGCAGGACUACUGACCAUAUUCAGAAAAUAUAGGAUCGAGCUGGGAGAGAACAUGCCCCUUAGUUUGAAACUAAGGCCGGUAUCAAUCGUUACGCAGAUUUCAACAAAUUUACAAGUUAAAUUUAUUCCUCGUGAUCUUUAAGUAA